AAUCAUCCAUCAACAAGCAUCAAAACGUAAGUACUUUUGCAAAGUAAACUACUAUAGGAGUAGUAUUCUUUACAAAAAUAAAAAUAAAAACUAGGCGAGAGAGAAAUGGAAGAAGAAGAGCAUGAAGUAUACGGAGGAGAGAUUCCAAUGGAAGCUGAAAUGGAAACUGAUACCUUAACUGCCCCCACUGAUGAUGAUGCCUCCGUUAAGGAAUUGGAUGAGAUGAAGAAGCGAUUGAAAGAGAUGGAAGAUGAAGCUGCUGCUCUCCGUGAUAUGCAGGCCAAAGUUGAGAAAGAAAUGGGCUCUGUCCAAGAUCCUGCUAAUGCAGCUGCUUCGCAGGCAAACCGUGAGGAAGUGGAUGCACGAUCAAUAUUUGUUGGCAAUGUUGAUUAUGCAUGUACCCCAGAGGAAGUUCAGCAGCAUUUCCAGGCAUGUGGCACUGUGAAUCGAGUUACCAUUCUAACUGAUAAGUUUGGUCAACCUAAAGGUUUUGCUUAUGUGGAAUUCGUUGAACAAGAAGCUAUUCAGGAGGCACUCCAACUGAAUGAGUCCGAACUGCACGGACGACAGUUGAAGGUUAUGCCCAAGAGGACUAAUGUUCCAGGGAUGAAACAGUUUCGUCCGAGGCGCUUCAAUCCUUAUAUGCCUUACGGAUUCAGAAGACCAUAUGCACCUGCCCCUUAUUUCUACUCUCCUUAUGGAUAUGGGAAAGUUCCGAGAUUCAGGAGGGCUUCGCGGUUCAUGCCUUACUACUAAAAAAUGUGAUAUGCUGCUACAAAAUCUAAUACAAGCAGCCACGAUGCUGUGUCAGCUAGAUUUUGUUUGAGACAUUAUAGCAGUUGCCUAUCAUAAGCUUAUGUAGCCUUCCUGCAUGAAGGGAGUAACAAAUAGUAAAGGAGUCAUGAAGCAUUUCUGUUGUGACUAUUGGGAGUUUCUUUUAAAUUUUUACCAAUCAAGGGUUAUGGCGGAUGGAUAGGAUUCCUCCGCCCUUAACGAGAGGUCUCGGAUCGAGCCCUUGUAAUGAAAAAUCUUGGUAGUGAGCUCUUUUCUUUUAAUGAGCUUUACAUGA